AUGCAAGCGGUGAUGACGCGUCGACUCCGCGAGUGCCACAGCAGUGGGGACGUUGGCGGUCGUGUUCCAUCCGGCAAGAUCGAAGAUUCGUGCUGGGUCUUUCUCCUCGGUGCUUUGCGGUCGGUCACGAACACUCCGUACCCGGUCCGUCCGGGCUUUGGCACGGUCGGCAAGAAGACGGUCGUGUGGGCGAACCACUUUCGCGUGGCCUUGAACCCGAACCACGGCGACGUGUACCACUACGACACGUCCUUCUCCAUGGAAGGCAAAGCGCCGUUGAAGGAGCUGCCGCCCAAGCAUCUCUGCGCCAAGGUGCUCAUGCACUUGGUGACGCUUAUGAAGACGGAAGUCCCGGGCGUGGCGGUCGUGACCGACUCAAUCCGCAACCUCUACGCAUCAACGCCGCUGCCGUUUGAGAAGCAGACGUUCAAGGUGACGUUUACGGACGACGAGCGCACGCAGACGUUUGACGUGGUCGUCAAGGCGACGGACGCGGUCGCGGUCCGGACAAGCCAGAUUGCAGCGCUCUUUGCCGGCCGGCUCAACUAUACGCCGUACGACGCGCUCCAGGCGCUGGACGUGGCCGCGCGCUACUCUGCGUCGCUGCGCUACACGGCGGUCGGGCGCAACUUUUUCAGCAACGUGAAUGCGCAGUCGCUCGGCGAAGGCGCCAUGAUGUGGUACGGGUACCACCAGUCGCUACGCCCGACGCAGUCGCAGCUCACACUCAACAUUGACAUGGCCGCAACCGCGUUUGUCGAGGCGAUGCCCGCGAUCGACUUUAUGCUCUCGACGUGCAACUGGUCGAGUCUGCCGCGGACGUGGGGCAAGGCGCAGCACUCGCUCGCCAACAAGAUGUGGCGCGGCGUCAAGAUCCAGGUGACGCACCGCGGCACGCAGAAGCGCACGGCGCGCGUGAAUGGCCUCUCGCCCAAGUCGGCGACCGACUCGAAGUUUAAAGACCACGACGGCAACACGACGUCGGUCGCGGCCUACUUUCGCAAGCAGUAUGGAGUGUCGCUGCGCCACCCGGAGCUGCCGUGCCUUCACAUUGGCAACCCAACCAAGCAGCUCUACAUGCCGAUGGAGGUGUGCGUGACGAUGGAAGGCCAGCGCCUUAUGCGCAAGGUGAACGAGAACCAAGUCGCCAACAUGAUCAAGUUUACGUGCACGGCGCCCGAGGACCGUCGCCGCCGCAUUGAAGCCCAAGUGCAGGGCGCGCAUUUCGAGGCCGACAACAACCUCGAGGCCUUUGGCAUGCGCGUGAGCCCGACGAUGCUCUCGGUCGAGGCGCGCCAGCUGCCCGAGCCCGACAUGGUGUACGGCAAGAACACGUUUGAGCGCCCGAGCAGCGGCCAGUGGAACAUGCGCGCCAAGACGUUUCAGUCGCCGUCGGCGCUCAAGUCGUGCGCGAUCAUUAGCCUCUGCGACCCGCGCCGCAUGCCGGCGAAAGAGCUGGGCAUGGGCUCGAUUGCGAUGCCGCCGGUGCUGGUGCGCAAUGGCCGCGACGCGCCGAUCGAGGACCUCUUUUACGACGCGGUCCAAGCGGCCACCAAGCAGUACAAGGUGGCGCCGCAGAUUGUGUUUUGCAUUAGCCCGAUGCAAGACGCGGGUCUUUAUGGCGGUCUCAAGCGCGCGUCGGACGUGACGUUUGGCAUUCCGUCGCAGUGCAUGCUCUCCAAGCACAUUCCGAAGAAGAACGCGCAGUACAUUAGCAACGUGCUGCUGAAAGUCAACGCCAAGCUCGGUGGCGUCAACACGGUGUGCAAGGACCCGCUGCCGAAGCUGUCGCAAGCGCCCACGAUUGUGUUUGGCGCGGACGUGACGCACCCGAGCCCGAUGGACAAGACGCGGCCGUCGAUUGCAGCGGUCGUUGCGUCGGUCGACCGCCACGCGGUCAAGUACGCGUCGGUGAUGAAGGAGCAGGGCCACCGCGUCGAGCAGAUCCAGGACCUCGAAGAGCUCGCGACCGACAUGCUCAAGGCGUUUUACGCGGAAGCGCGCAUGAAGCCGGCGCGGAUUCUCUUUUACCGCGACGGCGUGAGCGAAGGCCAGUUCCAGAUGGUGCUCGACUAUGAGGUGACGGCGCUCCGCCGCGCCUGCGCCGCCCUCGAGCCGGGCUACGCGCCCGCGAUUACGUUUGUGAUUGUGCAGAAGCGGCACCACACGCGCUUCUUUGCGGGCAACGCGGCCGACGCGGACCGCAGCGGCAACGUGAAGGCGGGCACGGUCAUUGACACUGGCGUGUGCCACCCGACCGAGCACGACUUUUACUUGAUGAGCCACGCGGGGCUCCAAGGCACGAGCCGCCCGGCCCACUACCACGUGCUGCUCGAUGAGAUUGGCUUUACGGCCGACGAACUCCAGCUGCUCACGUUCCGCAUGUGCUACACGUUUGUGCGCUGCACGCGCUCGGUGUCGAUUGUGCCCGCGGCCUACUACUCGCACCUCGUGGCCUUUCGCGCGCGCUUUUUCCAGUUGGACGGCGGCAGCGACACGGCGUCGAACGCCAGCAGCGUAUACAGCGAAGCCACGGGGCGUCUCUUGGAAGUGCAUUCGAACCUGCGCCGCCGCAUGUACUUUGUCUAG